UUAAAAUAAAAAAAGAUGGUCUUGUCAAAUCGUCUAUUGAGAGUUUCAGGUGAUGAUACAAGGCAGUUAAUCUUCAGGUGUUUCUUUCUGUUGCAGGGUGGGAACAACGCAGGCCAUACUGUCGUCGUUGAUGGGAAAGAAUAUGAUUUUCACCUAUUUCCUAGUGGCAUCAUUAAUCCAAAGGCAAUUUCUUUUAUUGGUAAUGGAGUGGUUAUACAUUUACCAGGCCUGUUUGAAGAAGCUGAAAAGAAUGAAAAGAAAGGUUUAAAAGAUUGGGAGAAAAGACUGAUUAUAUCAGAUAGAGCACAUAUAGUGUUUGACUUUCACCAGGCAGUAGAUGGGCUCCAGGAAGUGCAGCGUCAAGCACAAGAAGGCAAAAAUAUUGGCACAACGAAGAAGGGGAUUGGACCAACAUAUUCAUCCAAAGCUGCACGAACAGGCCUUCGGAUUUGUGACCUCCUUUCUGACUUUGAUGAAUUUUCUUCAAGAUUUAAAAAUCUGGCACAGCAAUACAAGUCAAUGUUUCCCACGUUGGAAAUUGAUACAGAAGGACAACUGAAAAAACUAAAGGGAUAUGCUGAAAAAAUAAGACCCAUGGUUCGAGAUGGUGUGUAUUUUAUGUAUGAAGCUCUUCAUGGCUCUCCAAAGAAGAUCCUUGUUGAAGGAGCCAAUGCAGCGUUACUUGAUAUUGACUUUGGCACGUAUCCCUUCGUGACCUCGUCGAACUGCACCGUGGGCGGUGUGUGCACCGGGCUUGGUGUCCCUCCCCAGCACGUGGGUGAUGUGUAUGGAGUGGUGAAGGCCUACACCACUCGGGUGGGAAUUGGAGCCUUCCCCACCGAGCAGAUUAAUGAAAUUGGAGAUCUUUUACAGUCCCGUGGCCACGAGUGGGGAGUAACUACAGGCAGAAAGAGACGCUGUGGCUGGUUAGAUCUUGUCAUUUUGAAAUAUGCUCAUAUGAUCAACGGAUUCACUGCUUUGGCAUUAACAAAACUGGAUAUUCUCGAUGUCCUUGAUGAAAUUAAAAUUGGUGUUGCCUACAAAUUGGGUGGAAAAAGAAUUCCAUAUUUUCCAGCUAAUCAGGAGAUACUACAGAAAGUGGAAGUAGAAUAUGAAACAAUGCCUGGGUGGAAGACGGACACAACUGGAGCACGAAAAUGGGAGGACCUCCCACCCAAGGCCCAGAAUUACAUCCGUUGUGUGGAAAACCAUGUUGGCGUGCCAGUUAAAUGGGUUGGAGUUGGGAAAUCAAGAGAGUCGAUGAUCCAGCUGUUCUAAACAAAUGAAGAACUCCAGUGAUGAGAAGCACAACGUGGCGUUCAUCAGUCCCUUACUGCUUCCCUCUUUAAAUGGAAAUGCUAUUUAAAACAAACAUAUUCUUCUAGGAAUUGAAUAGAAACACAACAUAUAUUCUGUAUUGUAACAUUGUAUUUAUCUUUAAGUUCUCAGUAAAUUCAGUGUAAAAUCUCCUUGUUGGCCAUCUUUUAAAAAAGUCCAAAAAGUAUUCCUAACAAAAUAAGGAAAGUUUUUUUUACAUUUGAUCCAUGUUACUAUUUGGAAGUACUUUAUACCUAUAUAGAGUUACUUCUUGCUGAAACCAGUAUUAAGCCUUUUCCAGUAGCUACUGGUUAACUUUAGAAUUGUGAAACUUGGAUUUGUUCUUCAACUUCAAAUGUUAAAAUGUCUGUAUAUCUGGGUUGGCAGUACUAAGAUAGGUACCAUGCACUGAAAUUGGUUGAAUUAUAAAGAUUUUCAGUUUCUAAAAUACAGCAAAGUUAGGUAGGUAUUUUUGACUGCACAAAGCAAAGCAAACACAAUUAUCUAUAAUUUUUAUAUAAUUACUUUUAAUGACCUAUUGAAAUGAAUGGAAAGCAGCUAAAAUAUAUUUCUUAUAAAGCCUAUUGUAGGAACUGAGAUAACAUCUGUAGCGGGGCCAAACUGGAGAAAGCUGACCUGUCUAAUAAUGCUUUGAACUAUCCUGUGUACUAACAGCCUGGAGACUGUCAGGUGUGCAGCCUUUAUUUUAAGCAGUAGGGGAAAGGAGUGAGUGAAGGUGGAAGGAAGAGAGUCCUCAAGUUACAAAACACACAGGGAGAGUGGAGCUGAGACAGCACCACUGCAUUUUCUCCAUGAACCUGAGACAUUUCUUCCUGCUAGUGCUGUGACUGUAGUUUCCAAAGUUUUACUGUAGUACUCUGUUGAGGAACUUGUGACUUGCAGUUCUGUAAGGCACUCACUUCCACGGCUCCUGGGUUUCCAAGAAUAAAUCAAGGCAUGACUCAAUGAUGACUGCUGCAGUAUUUACACCCCUCACUCAUUUUGACCUUCCUCAGCAAAAUGUAAUGACUAUUUAUAGAAGGGGAUGACAUGUGACAGCCAGGGUUGGGGCAUGUAGAAACCAUGGAGAGAUCCCAGAAUCUUCAAGAAUACACUUGGAUUUCUUCGUGGAUCUUCUAAUUUAUAAUGGUUAUGCAUCAAGAGCUCUCAAAAAACUCCUCUUGUAGAGGAAAAAGAAUACACUAGAGAUGGGGUUAUUCCCUAUCUGUGAAAUUUUCCACGUAAAUGUUCCUUUUCUAUUUAUGUGUAGAGCUAUGACAAUAUUUUUGUAUCAUUUCCAAGGGCUGUGGAAAUGGCAUCACAACCUCAGUAAUGCCAUUAUGCAGUGUGUGAAAAUAUCCCUUUUCGGAGAUGGUCACUCCAAGGGUGCAAACAAUUACACUCCUGGCAUUCCAGAUGGGGGAAAAGGAAAACCUGUCCGGAGAAUCUUGUGUCCUACUCAUCCCCUGUGUCUUUUCUCACUCAGUGUUGAACAGCAGAUAAUGUUCAAAGCCAUUCGUGUCAGGCAGGGCUUAAAGAAGUACCAGUACAAAGCACUAAAGGUAGCUGUGUAUGGUUGUAUUGCUGCUUUGUGAGGCAGAACUCUGACACCCUCCAGCUGCAGUGCAGUCUCUUCGUGCCCCAGUUCAUCACGGACUCUGUCCCUUUUUCUCUAACAAAAAACAAACAAACAAAAAUUAGAAAAACAUCUUCACUGCCUUUUGGAGGUCCCUGGGUUGAGCCCUGCAGUUCUUUCUCUGAAUUGAUGAGGAAGCUCUCCCCAUCAUAUUUAUGGGUAUUCUAGUGAAAGAGCAAUGAGAUUUCUGACCUUAUUUAAUGUUUGCAAAGCACUUCUGAAAGGUGCUUGGUAAGUGCUAAUUAUUACAAGCACUGUGAAGUGUUCCUCAUUUAUAUGAGGUAAUUUAAGCAUAAAGAUGCUUGGAGGUAUAGUAAUUAAGUUUUGUUUUCACAUGGCUUAACCUUGUGACAUUUGCCUUCUGAAUGAUCUAGAGCCGUUCCUUUUCUUGGCCCCAUCUUCAUCAGUGCAUUUGUGCUGGGAGGUUUCUGCUGUAUUUAAGCUUUGGUUGGUUUAUAGGCAAAGUCCACAAUGACUAAGAAGCCACUCCGUGUGCUGAAUAACUGGAUUAAAUGAUCAACUCUAAACUGAGUAUUUGGCAUAUUGAAGAUAAUAGGUUUUAUAGUUUAAUUUUCACAGGAUUACUUUCUCUUGUUCACCUAAUCUUUUUAUUUUCCAUUUUCCAUUAAGUAUCUGUUAGAUCCACAUGGCCUGUCUUUGCUUCCAAGGAUUCAUCAAAAACCCAGUGAGAUUGUCAGUGGGCAUGAUGUAAUAGUCAAUUAUCCCAUGACUGUUACUGUAAAAGUAAUAUACAUUUCAUUUCAUAGCAUGGAUAUUUUAAAUGAAAGUUCUACUCCUAUUAAAUUUCAUAUGUGUUGUCAUUGAGUUAAAUGUGAAUAAGUUCAGGCUUUUAUCAAAAAGCUCUUUAAUCUACUGAGUGACACAAUGCUUAAUAAGAACAUUUUAAUGUAGAUUUCCCUUCAUUUUGGCUGUUUCCCCAUGUAUAUUGUUUUGUACUGUUUGGAAUUUCAUUUAAUAACAAUCACUGUGUUGAAUUUAACUACUUCUUUAUCCCAAACCAAAUGCAAUAAUAAUGGCUAAAACUGGUUGAUGCAUCAUCCUGUUCAGUAUCUGGAUGGAAGAAUAAGGGUAAACAUUUACCAAAAUGCCAUAAUUUGUGAUAAAGGUUAUAGUUUUUUAAAAGUAGCAAUUACUGUUUCACACCUGCACAGUAAUGUGUUUGACAUAUUUUCUCACACUUACCCUUACGAUAUGGCCUUCUAGUCAGGUGUACACUUCCUAACACAUGCAGGAUAGGAUUUUGAAGAUUUUGUAAUUUUUUAAUUUGGCUAUAUAUGGUCUUACAGUUCUGGCAUAAUGCACUUUAUAAAAAGAAAGAAAAUUAAGCAUUUCCAUAGUAAAUGUGCAAUCUAUACUUACACUUUAUGCAGAUUUUUUUCGGAUGAUUUUUGAUCCACACCUGUUUAUUUUCUCCUUAAAAAUGUAUUAAAACAAAUUUAAAUUAACAGUG